GAUAUCACCUUGUACGUAAUAUUAUCGUCUGAAGAGUGAAAAUAAUAUUUGUCCUAAUAAAUAAAUAUUUUUAAGGUAUCUUAAUUGGUUAAAAAAUAUUAUUAACACGGUACUUCUAAAAGAUAGUUUUUGAAACUAUGUCCGGUCAAAAUAAACGUAAAGGUCGUUCCUCUCAAGGAGAAGCUGUCCAAAAUAUUACAUCUUCAAAGAACAAAAAUGCAAGCAAAAAUAUUCGUCCUAGUUCUAAUAAUAUGAAAACUCCUUCAAGUCAAACGGAGGUCGAAGAAUUGAAACGGAAAAUUCUUGAAUUAGAGUAUAAGAAUAACGAACUCACUAAACAGAAUAACAUUUUGCAGUUUCAAGUUGACAAUUAUAAAUCUUUGGAAUCUUCGGAGUUAUUAAAUGACGAUAAUGAUUCGCAAGCUGAAGAAGUUGUAUCUGAUGAUGACACUCGGCCAGCUAAACGAUCGAGAAAAAAGCCAGAAGAUAAAGAAAAGUCCCUUAUAAAAACGCUUCUUAAAACUUUUCCUGGACUUGAAAUUAGGGGAGAAGCAGUAUUUACAAGCAAAACGAAUAAUGACAUUUGUAAACAGUUGAUACCCGAGCUUCAAAAGGAACUGAAGGCACACGGGUGCAAUCUUUCUCCCGAGCAAGUGAAGGACAUAUUAAAAUCUAUUCAUAAGUCCAAAAGAACUAACUAUUUGAAAUUAAAUCCAAAUUCGACAUCAUUAGAUGAAGAAGUUGAUAAUGAACAAGCCGAGUCUGAUGGCACCACUCAAUCAGCUAAACGACAAACAAAAUCAAAAGUAAAAAAGCUAGGUAAUCUUACUGAAGAUGAUGAUGUGUCAAAGAAUAAAGAAGGGAUAAAGAUUGAAGAAGAAGCAAAAUCCUUAUUGAAGAGACUUCUUGAAAAAUUUUAUACUCAGGAUGAGUAUAAAUUUAGGCCUUCGGGAAUUCGUACUGUAACCAAAUUUAGGUACAAUGAUACUUUUAAAAGCCAAGCAAAUAUUGAUAUUUGUAGGAUGUUAAUACCUAAGCUUCAAGAAGAUGUUAAGCCAAUGUACAAUCCUUCUUACGAUCAAGUGGAAAACUGGUUAAAAUCUUAUUUCAAGUCCAAAAAGCAAUCCCAUAAUAGAUUAACAAAUAAAAUGGUUAUUGAUUAAUAUGAUAUGGCCUAUUCCCCGAAAAUUUCUUUUUAUAAUUGACGAAUUUUUGUUCAAUAUUUUUUUUUUUUUUUUUUUUU